UGCAGUGGAAAAUGAAUGUACCAAUUUGGUCGAACAAGGGCGACAUCACGUGGCCCUGAAUGUCGACGGUUACUCGCGUGCCACUCGCAGCGACCGCCACACACCGCCACCACUAUCGCCGCUAUCACACGUCUAGCCAAGGAGAAGGAGAUGGCCACUCAAAAUGACUUUUGUGCUGUUCAUUUGGCGUUUCUGCUUGUAUUCGUGUUGAUUGUCCCGGUUGAUGCCUCUCCUGAUCAGACGAAGACGGUGGAGUUUAACGUUAAACCGGGAGGAGUGGUGCACACUUUCACUGAGGCGAUUGGGGAGUAUGAAUGCUCAUUCACUUAUGCUUCACAAGGGGGGACCAAUGAGCAAUGGUUGAUGAGUGUGGGUUUGAGUGACGACGACAGACUGUUUUCCUGCUCUGUGUGGAGGCCCCAAGGGAAGUCUUACCUGUUUUUCACUCAAUUCAAAGCUGAACUUAAGGGAACCAAAAUUGAAUAUGCAAAUGCAUAUUCUCAGACGGCGGUAGCAGGGCAGAGUGACGUGCCUUUGAAGCCGGAGGAAUUUACCGUAGGAGACUCAACAGUGACCCACAGAGACGGAAAGUUCAGCGCUCAACUCUCCAAACUGACUGCUAUUGGACGGACACGACACGAUGAGCUGUAAUUGGUCAGAAGUCUGACUUGGUUUUGGUCACGUUUUGAGCCCUGAGUUGAGCUUCUGUGUUCCGCUCAGUAGUCAAUGAAGGAUGGAUUUGUGGGUGUAACAACUUAUAAUUGAAGUGGGAAGAUACUGAUAUAGCACUUUGUGUGUCAGUACACAAAUUACCUGGUAUGUUUUUGUAAUGGAUUUGAAAAUGCUGUAAAAAAAUUAUCUGUUUAGUAUGCAUAUUUUUUUGUACUACAGAAUGUCCAAGUUAAAAUUCUGCCAUAAGAUCGAAUGCUUCCAUAGUUGGUUCUUAGUUUCUGAGGCUAUAAGAUUUACAGAGAACAAAUCUGUUCUGAUCCACUGAGGACAUUUGUGAAAGUAUAGAGGACUGGUGUGUGGGGGCUUGUAGAGUAUAGAUAACACAUUUAGAGUAGGGAGGGAUUUAUCCAUCUCAUAUAAUCCUGAGAGGAAAAUGAAUAAUCUCCAAUAGUGUCACACACGCACAUAAACAAUGACAUUUUCCUCAAUCUGGUCCUGUUCUGAACUGAGCUCCUCGCUCUCUGUCUGUUUAUAUUGAUGCGUUCUUGAUAACUGUAAACACACUUUUUAUCCCCUAAAUCAUCAAUCAGUACCACUUGUGAUCAAUUUUUGUUAUGUUUGUGUGUGUUUUUGGACAGAAGGGAUACCUGUAAUAGAGCAGAUAACAGCUUCAUAACAUCCAAUUAAGAGAAAGAUGUACAGAAUACACUAAAGAUCAGUAAAUUUUUGGAUAAAUCCAAAAAAGUGUCAAUGUGAAUUAAUUGUUGAGAAAAUGUGGUAUAAGUGAUUAUUAUUUUAUUUGAAAUUACCUUCAUCUUGAUCAUUUUAAUAAGGCACCUGAAGCAGAAGAUACAACCAUUCACUUAUUUGUCUCUUCUAAUUUCCUGAUAUUUCAGUGACUUCACAAUUACACUGUUUGAGAUGUACCCCCCAAAAAUAUAUAUUGAAGGCGUGCAGGAGCUGCCAUCACAUAUUCCUGGGCUUUUUUUUUUUUUACUGUCUGCUUUCAUCCUUCAGUGGCACACGGAUGGAUCAGCGAGGACAUUGUGCAGGUUUCAGAAGUGCUCCCUUAUGUAGCGAGUAGGAUUGCCUUUAUAUUCCUCACAAGUGUCCACAAGAUGAGUUCUGGGGAUUGAUUUCAGAUUAGAGGAUUGUGCUGAUUUGAUUCUGUGGUCGGAUUACUCACUGAGAUUCGUACCUUGUUUGGUCUGGGUUUGGAUCCUCUCAUCUGUCUAGAGAUGAUCCUCUGGAGUUGAGGAAAUGCUCAGCUGGGGACGUUAGUGUGUCCCUUUGUCACCGUCCUCCCUCUGGGGUCACAACAGGAAGUAACCACAUCCAGAUGCUGAUCGAGAAUAGAAAGAUACACACGAGAUGUUACUUAUUUUGUACAUGUUUUUUUUUGUCUUCUUCAAGACUGUUCUGAUUCGUGAUGGAUGUUUGAAUAAAGACAUGACAUUGUUCUGGAGAUAA